AUGGAACGAUACCAUGAAUGUUCUGGGACUGCCGACGAUCGAAUUGUUGCUCAGAUUCGGAAUCGUCACUACAUCCCGACGAGUCUGCCGUUUGCUGACCGUUUCCCCCAAGACUGGAAAAAGAAAGCCGUCAAAGCAAAGGACGCGACCGUCUCCAAAGCGAUCAACACCAAGGACCGCCUCCAAAGCACGCCCUCGGCCAAGACCAACUGGGACUACAGCAACCCGCCUCCACGCCGCCCGCCGCCCGUUCCCGUGAAGACGCGCGAUUCCGAGCUCUAUGGCCCGCCACCGAGUCGCAGCAACAGCUCCAGGGCAGAAGUAGACGAUGCGGUCUCGGCGCCUCCUGCACCCGUGUUAUCCACGCGCCCGUCCAUCCCGUCUCGCUCGACCCGGCCCUCCCUGCCCACGCGUUCCCCAGAGGAAUUGGCUCCCCCGCCUGUUCGUCCCCCGCCAAUGCCUGCGCGCAGGAGCACUGCGUCGAUUCCAGCGUCGCAACACCACGAGGAGGUUAUCGACAAGAUCGACUGGGCGAACCUCUCGCCCGAGGAUAAAGAGGUGUUCUUUUCCUGGUUGGACGAGUUCUUUUCCCGCUUGACGGGCAGGCAUGUCGGACCGACUGCUCACCCCACUUUUGUGUCGUCCAAGGAGAAAUUCGCGCAUCCGCCUGCCAACGAGCACGCACCUGCACCCGCGCCUGCGUACACAUCCGCACCCGCACCCGCGGAUAGUCCUGCUCCCAACCGCAGGCUCCCGCCCGCCCUCUCCCCAUCGCACGCAAGUGGCCCGCCGCCAAUCGUCCACUGGUCCAGGCCCAAACUGCCCUCCUCGCCAUCCCCAGCGCCUGUACUAACCCCCGCCCAACCCCCGCGUCCCACCCAGCACGACCAACCCUGCCUCGCCCGCGACCUAGCGCAGUACUUCCACCCCACCACCCCCUGGGACCACGCAUGGUAUCUCUCCCCCUCGGCGACGCCGCCCCCGCUCGCGGGCAGCGCCCACAUGCUCCUGCGCGCCUCGCGCGUGUACGUGGGGAAGGACGAGACGCUCACCGCGGGCGUGCUCUUCAGCGACCUCAGCAUCUGCUGGUUCUCCCUCUCCUUCACACGCGGCGACGCCGACGCCGACCCCAACAGGGCCGGGCGCGCGGCGCGCUACCGCCCGCCGCCGCCGCCGCUCGACCGGGACUCGCUGGUGCGCGCGCAUGGCGUGUACGGCGAGGCGGUGGCGGGGUUCGUGGCGCGGUUUACGGGCACGGCGAAUAUGGCCGCGGAGGCGCUGCGGCAGUUCGAGCGGUUCCCCGGCGUCGAGCCGCCCGUCCCGAGCGUGUACCGCACGCACGGGCACCUCGUCUUCGCCGGGUCCGCGGACACCGGCGUGGGGACGUGGUGCGGGGGCGACACCGCGCUGCGCCGGGGCGAUAUCAUUUCCUGGCGGGACACGCGCCACCACAUGGGCCGCGGGUACCUCGCGGGGGAUCACACGUCCGUCGUGCUAAGGGAGUGCGCGGUGCAGUGGGACGUGGAAAGGGAGAUGAGUCUUUCAAGGCUGGGGACGCUGGAGGUGGUCGAGCAGGGCGGGGUGAGGCGGGAGUUUGAUAUGGACGGGUUUUUAGAGGGGACGCUGGAGGUGUACCGUCCUGUCGGGGUGGGGUAUUUGGGGUUGGAGAGUUUAGAUGGGUUGUUGUGUCCCGGGGAUGGAAUUGAGGUUUGA